UUCCAACAGCUGUGACACUUUGCCCCCUCUGGGGAUUGUGGGGGUGGGCACGUGGCCCUCCCCUGUAUUCUCCUGACACUUGUGAGAGCGCCAGUUACGCUGCACCGCUGCCAGCACUAAACAAACUUCUGAACACAUGCCCUUCUCGAUGAACCCACAGUGAUCUCUUUGUUUUGCCUUCUCCCAGCUCAUGCAUUCUUCGAGUCUUGGUAACCAGAAUGUUUUGUCUGUUUGGGCUCCAAACAUUCAGUGGGACAGGAACCAAAGUUAAGUACCUCAUGACAAGUCCAGACGAACCUGAGAAAAUUGUGAGCUGUUGACUGCACUGCCUCUCUGAAUCAGCUGGUACUCCUUUUUGUCUCUAGUUUUAAAAGCUCCCCAGAGGGGACUUCCCUGGUGGCACAGUGGUUAAGAAUCCACCUGCCAAUGCAGGGGAUACAAGUUCGAUCCCUGGUCUGGGAAGAUCCCACAUGCAGUGGAGCAACUAAGCCCGUGUGCCACAACUACUGAGCCUGCGCUCUGGAGCCCACGAGCCACAAGUACUGAAGCCUGCGCGCCUAGAGCCCGUGCUCCGCAACAAGAGAAGCCACCGCAAUGAGAAGCCCACACACCGCAACGAAGAGUAGCCCCCGCUCGCACAACUAGAGAAAGCCCAGGUGCAGCAACGAAGACCCAAACACAGCCAAAAAUUAAUUAAUUAAUUAAUUAGUUAAAAAAAAAAAAGCUCCCCAGAGGCGACCUGAAAUCCAGAAUCUUCUCAGAGUAGGAUGGAGGAAAUUAUUCUGAAGUUCUCAUUAAACACAUUUAUCUCUCAAGCUUUGGAAGGAGCCAAAAUGCCAAAGGCAAGAAUUCCAGAGCACUGCCUACACUGUUUUGAUAUCCUGAUAAAUGUCUAACAAAUCCAGCAUGUGUCCUCUAGGCCUGACCAGUUGCUGGGCAAAGUUCCAGAACAGUGAGACAUCUUGGGAUUCAUCUGGUUUAGGAAAGACCUUUAACUACCAGGUGGUAGUCACCUCAAUGUUCUUUAAAUAGUCAAGUUUGGGGCUUCCCUGGUGGCGCAGUGGUUGAGAAUCUGCCUGCCAAUGCAGGGGACACGGGUUCGAGCCUUGGUCUGGGAAGAUCCCACAUGCCGUGGAGCAACUAGGCCCAUGAGCCACAAUUUACUGAGCCUGCGCGUCUGGAGCCUGUGCUCUGCAACAAGAGAGGCCGCGAUAGUGAGAGGCCCGCACACCACGAUGAAGAGUGGCCCCCACUUGCCGCAACUAGAGAAAGCCCUCGCACGAAACGAAGACCCAACACAGCCAAAAAUAAAUAAAUAAAUAAAUAAAUAAAUAAAUAAAUAAAUAAAUAAAUAAUCCUUCCCUCUACUUAAAAAAAAAAAGUCAAGUUUGGAGGUCUCUUCACUGGGGUCUGUUCUGGUGGCUGCCUCCCACUAGUGUGAAACAGAAGGAUGACCUUAUUCUGUGAGAGGACAACUGUGAAGGAAGGAGCUGCGUGUGUGAAAGUCUGUGGGAAGAGAGAGCCACCUACAAUGUCCCCACCAAACCAGUCAGUGGAAGGCCUUCUGCAGGGAGCUCCCAACAGAUCCCUGAAUGCCACAGAAACUCCAGGGGCUUGGGAUCCAGGGACCCUCCAAGCCCUCAAGAUUUCUCUUGCUGUGGUCCUUUCCAUCAUCACACUGGCCACAGUCCUUUCCAGCGCCUUUGUGCUUACCACCAUCUUCCUGACCAGGAAGCUCCACACCCCGGCCAACUAUCUCAUUGGCUCCCUGGCCAUGACUGACCUCUUAGUUUCCAUCUUGGUCAUGCCUAUCAGCAUCGCAUAUACCACCACCCACACCUGGAGCUUUGGCCAACUCCUGUGUGACAUCUGGCUGUCUUCUGACAUCACGUGCUGCACAGCCUCCAUCCUGCAUCUCUGUGUCAUUGCUCUGGACAGGUACUGGGCCAUCACUGAUGCCCUGGAGUAUAGUAAACGCCGGACAGCAGGCCAUGUGGCCGCCGUGAUUGCCAUCGUCUGGGCCAUCUCCAUCUGCAUCUCCAUCCCACCACUUUGGCAGCAGGCCAAAGCUCAUGAAGAGAUGUCGGACUGCCUGGUGAACACGUCUCAGAUCUCCUACACCAUCUCCUCCACCUGUGGGGCCUUCUACAUCCCGUCUGUGUUGCUCGUCAUCCUCUAUGGCCGGAUCUACACGGCCGCCCGGAACCGCAUCCUGAAUCCGCCAUCCCUCUACGGGAAGCGCUUUACCACAGCCCGUCUCGUCACAGGCUCUGCGGGGUCCUCGCUCUGCUCGCUCAUUCCCAGCCUUCACGAGGGACACUCUCAUUCCGCCGGUUCCCCUCUCUUUUUUAACCACGUGAAGAUCAAGCUUGCAGAUAGUGUCCUGGAGCGCAAGAGGAUUUCUGCUGCCCGAGAGAGGAAAGCCACUAAAACCCUAGGGAUCAUUCUGGGGGCCUUUAUCAUCUGCUGGCUGCCCUUCUUUGUUGCAUCUGUGGUCCUCCCCAUCUGCCGGGACUCGUGCUGGAUCCACCCGGCCCUUUUUGAUUUUUUCACCUGGCUAGGCUAUCUAAACUCCCUCAUCAAUCCAAUAAUCUAUACUGUGUUUAACGAAGAGUUUCGGCAAGCAUUUCAGAAAGUCGUCCAUUUCAGGAAAGCCUCUUAGUCUUGUUUGGUGGCGACUCGUUAUCUUUUAUGUCCUGUAACCCAACUGGAAUUGUCUUUUUUAUUUUUCCUGAGAGUUGGGUUAGUCCUGAUAUCUUGGGUUUUGGUUCAAUCAAUAGAAUUGUUCAGCGUUCUUUUUUGCUGUUGUUUUCUUGACCUCUGAGCCACCAAAAGCUGGGCAGCUGUGUAAAAUGGGACAAGACUUCACUUAGUACAAUAUUUUCACAGUUCAUCCAUGUUGGAAAGAAUGUGACCACAGGUUUCCCCAUUGAUGCAAUUCAGGCAGAAAGCUGCCUGACUCUGUAGGAAGAACCCAGGCUCAAAGGGGGAGGUUUUCUGGUCUACGUAAGUUUUGUAUGGAGCUUAAAAGAGGGUAGAUGAGAUUAAUGACCUGAGUUGAAAGAGUAUUUGGAGUCAGGUGGAUGGGUUUCCAUUCCAUGUGGCACCUUAAUUGGAAAUUGACACCCAAGUAUCAAUAUUUCUUCCACUGAGUCCUUCUUAGAUUGAAUCUUCCUUAGUUGUUCUUGGGGAGAGAUUCAGCAUUGGAGGUGCCAAUGAUACAGAGUGACAGAGAAUCAGAAGCCAGGGGCAGGGGAGUGGGAUGGUUGGAACCAGAUAGCUACCCUGUGCCUAUCCUCCUUCCCCAGUUUCUCUGCACCAUCUUAAUGUUCUGAAGUUAAAACCCACAGUUAGCCCCAUUGAAGUAGAUUGACAGCAUUUGCACCUACCAAGCUUGGAAUACCAUUCUGAAUUUUUUUCCUGAAUUAUUUUUUUAUAUCCCAUUCUCUUUAGAGAUCUUAAGCUGUUGCGUAUUGUCAAAUAAAAAGCAUGAGACAUCAUGA